CAGCUAUAAAUAAGCACACCGCGACUGAAGAAACCUCCAUUACUUCAUUACUUGCUAAAUUUCAUUGCUGCGACUGAAGAAAACUCCAUUUAACAGCACACUGUUCUAGGGUUCGUUCUUGUUCGAAAAAUAAAAUAUGGGUAUUCUUAAUAAUCAAAAGGGCAAAUCAUCAUCAUCAUCAUCUUCUUCCAUUAAACAUGUUGAUCAUAAGAUUAGAAAAAAGUGUUUCAAGAACAGAAUCAAAGGAUUUGAAAAGAAAUUUAAUGAGUUGAGGAAACUCUGUGAUGUUAAGGCUGUUGGAGUUGUCCAUUCUGAAUUCAUCAAUGGGGCUAAAGAAUUACCAGCAAACCCUCAUGAAUUUGAUGAGGUCUUGAUGCAAUUUAACCAAAAGAAGAUGAAAUUGUGUACUGGUGAAGAAGCAGAGGAAGUUGAGAAGAAUCAGAGAUUCUGUUUCGGUAAUGGUAACGGUAACCCUAAAUUUGAUAAUUUAUUUACUGUUGAAUCACUUACAAAGAUUGAAAGAGAUUUGGAAUCCAUAUUUGUUAUGAUUUCCGAGAGAGAAAAUCAAUUGAAAGCAGGGGAUGUUACAUCGCCAUCAUCAUCAUCUCCGAACUGCGAUCAGAAGAAUAAUUUUGGAGUAAUUGAAUCUACAAAUUACCAUUACGAGUCUACUUCUUUGGUGGUAGAAUCUUCUAACAACGUUUAUGAUUAUGGACUUCCUUCUUCUGAUUAUAAUCAACAACCGGAGGAGGAGAUGAAGAAGAGUUUUGGGGUUGUUGAAUCUAACUCUACUUCGUUGGCAGUAAGAUCGUCUAAGAACUUGGAUGAUUAUGGAUGUUCUUCUUCUUUCUCUAAUCAAGAAGAAUCCCAACCCUUGAUUUGUGUUGUUGAUCCUUUCUCUGAAAUGGUUUAUGAUCAGCCAUUCUCUGAUAUGAUCGAUUUGGAGUUCCAGAGAUUGAAUUGCAGCAGCAGCUACAUGGACAUGAUGAUGAACACAACAAAUCCAAUUGACGGACCAGAAUUCCUUCUGUGGUGAAUGAAUAGUGCUGGCUGGCUGGAGAUCCCACAAUUGAUGUCAGGGUCAUUAGUUUGCAAGUUUGCAAAUGACAUAAUGUAUGAGAGAACUGGCAAAGUUGCCACAACUGCGGUUCUGAAUUGGCUUUUCUAGUGUGCAUCACUUCGCUUUACAGAACUUGUCGCCAAGGAAAAUGAAGCAUUUCUAGACUGCUGUACAGAAUGAAGCAUUUUUCAGAUAAGUUUCUCUGCUUUGUUUCGAGUAGCUUGCUUGUGACUGUAACUUAAAAGAGUUGGUAUUUCCAGAACUUGUUAGUAGCGCUCUGACUGGCAAGUAUGCGUGGACAGCAUAUAACAAGCACUUUUUACAUUCAGAACUUGAUUUUUUGAGACAAAUAUUACAAACAUGGAUUGCUGACUAGUGAUCAUUCAAUAUAGUAGGUUAUCUUUUGAAACG